UGUGUGUGUAUGCGUAUGCAUAUGAAAAUAUGUAUGUAUGUGUCAUAGGUUGUACCCAUUUUGUGCAAUGCGUGAUGAUACCUAUUCACCCCAAAGCCUCAUCAGCAAACUUUUCCAUUUUUACCAAGUGCUUUAAAUGCAUCAUGUCAUUUAAUUCUCACAGCUAAUAGUGGUAUUAUUCCCAUUAUAUAGAACUGUUGAGAGCUCCCAUGGCUGGUAUGGAAGAGCUGGCUUUCAAGCAAUUAUGCUAUGUUACCUGCCUAAUAAUUCACUUUAUCUUAAAUUUUGGUAGAUUGUUUCUCUAAUAAGAUAUUUAGAGGGUCAUUGUUUUAUUUAAUGAUGUGAUAUAUGUGUAUAUUGCUUCUUACAGUGUAUGUAUUCAAUUUGAUUUUGAAAGAUUAAAAAUAAGUUUGUAACACCUGUAUAUCCCUGUUAAAAAUGCAAAUCCCAUUUCAGUACUGAAAUUUUCCUUGUUUCUUGGCUGUGGGUUUUUAAAUGUUUAUCUUUAAUUUAUCACCAAUUUCUGUCUUGAUUCCAGUUAAUCAGAUUUUGCAAGGAGAUCUGUCUAUAUAAUCCAGCCUGCAAGUUUUAAGACUUUUCAUGUUUGGCUGAAAUUUUAAAUGUACAGCAUCCAUGUGAAAAUGUUUCUUGUGAUUCGUUCCUAUUUGAGGGAGGCAGUUUUUUUCUUCUACUGAAGAUCUACUAGGAAAAGGGACGAUACAGUGUUUGAAUAUUGUGUUUUUUAUGUUUAGUUAAUACUAUUUUAUAUUGUUUUAAAUAAACUACCUUAUUGUAAUUGACUACAGAAAAGUUAUUGUUUAGUGUAAGUACUUUCAUUUUUACUUGAAAACUUUCAGAAACAAAUUGAUAACUAAAUGAAACACACUUAACUGUCACUUUGUUGUUUGGUAAUACAAAUGCAAGUGAAGUAGGUAAACUUUGUAGUAUCUUGCUUUUAGAAGGGUUUUAUAUGUUUCAGUUCUCUGGCAGACAAUUUGAGGAGCUAGCACUGUUGUGAUGUUGAUACAACAGAACACUGUGUACAUACAUAUGUGCCCUCCCCUGCCACAGAAGAAAUGCUUUCCUUAUGUAGCCAGAGUGCUAAUUAAAGGAUUUUGAACAUACUGAUUAAAAGAGACUACGGUAACAAAGCUGCUGAGUUAUUUCUGUUCUCUUACAAAAGUCUCAGCUAUCUACUGUGACCUUUUUGGGCCUUGUGCAAUGGGGCACGCAGUUCAUACUGGACUAGAGAGGAUGGGAAGGGGAGGGGAGGAGAGAAGGGAAUGUUGGCUCAACCGUGCUGCUAGGCUGUUGGCCUUUCAUUGUAGUUAUUUUUAACCCCUUGUGUAGCUCAGUUUAAACAUGCUUGGUAACGUUGCCUAAUAAAGAAUUGUGCCUAGUAACUAAUUUAUAUUGUUGUAGUAAAGAUUAUUCAUGUUACAAGUUUUUAACUUAUGUACUCUCAUCUUAAUUAGUUCUGUGGUUAUACUUAUGCUGGCUUAAUUAUGUAGAAUUAUUGGAUAUUUUUCAGUGGUCGUUAGAUUCUUCAGUUAAUAGUAUCAAGAAACAAAACCUGGAAGCAUGGCUUAUUACAGGUAGUUUAAUAAUUCUCUUAUUUUAGUAAUGCCUAUGAAGUACUUAGCAAAGUUUGGCACAUAGUAUUCCCUCAAAUGUUAUCUUUUACAAUAAAAAUAUAAAAUUAAUAAGAAAAAAAGUUAUUUAGAGACCUGAAGCAUUAAAUACCCCAUAGUUGUAAGGGAACAUAGCAGUUAUAUUUUUUUACUUACAGUCUGUUGAAAUUGAAAAUGAAAAGAAAAUCAGAAGUUUUUGCUUUGCUAGGAACCUAUAGCUUUAUAUUUAGAGUUCAAAGUAUGAAAACUUUUCCUGUGGGCAGGUAUUAUUAUAUUGAACCCCGAAGAGUUGUUUACAUUCCUUUACAUUAGAACUCUGUGGUAUCAGAUGUAUUUUGAAAUAAAUAAACUAUUUGGCCCAGACUUCAAAAUUCUGUUUUCUUGACAUUUUGUUGCACAAAUGUAUGAAUAUGUGGACUAUGACUUGUAUCUUAAAGCAUACAAGCUAUAAAAUGUUAACAUUUCACUCAAAUUUGGGUAUCAUCUAUAUUGUAUGAAUUUUGGCAAUUUUUGCAGACUUUAAAAGAUCUUCAGAUAGCUAUGACUUCGUGAUCACAUAUCAUUGUCUUCAAUUUCGUAUCCUUAAAAGGGAGUUGCUGGCUGCAGGAGUUUGCAGGCUGUAUUUUUUACAACCCUGUAUUUAUGGAAUUGCUCUGAGGCCAUGAAAUGUGGGGAUGGGUCUCAUUGUAGGAGUUUGGUUGUUUUGGUUUUUGCCAGCAUAUUUUAUAAGAAGAAAUUGGAGACUUGUGUAAUUCAAGGCCAUAUUUUGUCAAACUGAUACUCUUCAUGUUGGAAUUAUAAGAAGGAUUAUAUGUUUAUGAACAACAUCUUUAAGGACAACAUCCUAAGAUUGAAAUAUUCUGCUGUGUGUUAUUUUCUGAUCUAUGAUGUAAGAGAUUUUUUCUUAACUUUCAAUAUUUGGAUUUCCUGAAGAUGACCUCCUAAUUCUCUGUAAACACGUUUUAGAAGUCUUUAGCAGAUAACAAUGAGGUUACAUGUUUAAUACCCAAAUAAUAAUGACUUUGAUAAUCAAGAGUUAAGAAAGGACAAAUUGUUACAAGCUCAGGCAAAAUUUUAGUUGGAUUUGAAAAGCAGAAGAGAUUUACCGUUUCCUGGACUAUGGAGCCCUGUUUGGGAGCAUAACACAGAAGAGAGAAAAAGCUGUGAAACACUUUGUUGCACAUUCAUUCAUUCAGCAGUUAUAGGAAUACUUCCUAGAAGCCAGUGAAGAUGAUGAUGCAAAGUAUUGGGGAGUACAAAGGUUGGGAAGAAAAGAAAUAAGGACAAUACUAGACAACAUCAUAAGACCUGUCAUGAGGCAAUAUUUGAUGAGAUACCAGAGAUACAGCUCAAAGAUGGCGGCAAGGCAUCCCAGGCAAAUGUAAGAAUAGGUGACGUGGUUCUCAGCAUCGAUGGAAUAAGUGCACAUGGAAUGACUCAUCUUGAAGCCCAGAACAAGAUUAAGGGGUGUACAGGCUCUUUGAAUAUGACUCUGCAAAGAGCAUCUGCUACACCUAAGCCUGAGCCGGUUCCUGUUGAGAAGGGAGAACCUAAAGAAGUAGUUAAACCUGUGCCCAUUACAUCUCCUGCUGUGUCCAAAGUCACUUCCACAACCAACAUGGCCUACAAUAAGACACCACGACCCUUUGGUUUUGUGUCUUCUCCAAAAGUCACAUCCAUCCCAUCACCAUCGUCUGCCUUCACCACAGCCCAUGUGACCACUUCAUCACAUGCUUCCCCUCCACCUGUGGCUGCUGUCACUCCUCCCCCAUUCGCUGCAUCUGGACUGCAUGCUAAUGCCAAUCUUAGUGCUGACCAGCGUUCACCUGCACUGAGCGCUGUUAAAACUGCAGUUAAUGUCCCACGGCAGCCCACAGUCACCAGCGUGUGUUCCGAGACUGCUCAGGAGGUAGCAGAGGGACAGAGAAGAGGAUUCCAGGGUGACAGUAAACAGCAAAAUGGGAAAAUUCCACCUAAACGCCCACCAAGAAAACACAUUGUGGAACGCAAUACGGAGUUUUAUCACAUACCUACUCACAGUGAUGCCAGCAAGAAGAGACUGAUUGAGGAUACUGAAGACUGGCGUCCGAGGACUGGAACUACUCAGUCUCGCUCUUUCCGAAUUCUGGCCCAGAUCACUGGGACUGAACAUCUGAAAGAAUCUGAAAAUGAUAAUACAAAGAAGGCAAACAACAUCCAGGAGCCGUCUCAGCAAUUGCCUUCCUUUGUAACCUCAACAAGGAGCAUGCCCAAGAGCCUGGAAAGUUCAGCCUCUGCCAGACCAGAUGUGGCCAGCCCCGCAACUGCUGCUUCCUUCAAGUCUCUGGCUUCCACCAACGUUAUCAAGUCACCAGGUUGGCAACAACCAAAUCAAGCAGCACCUUCCACUGGAAGAAUCUCAAACAGUGCGACUUCCCCAGGAGCAGUGGCACCAGCCAACUCAGCUGUGGGGCAACCCCAGCCAAGUGACCAGGAUACUUUUGUGCAGAGAGCUGAGCACAUUCCAGCAGGGAAACGAACUCCAAUGUGUGCCCACUGUAACCAGGUCAUCAGGGGACCAUUUCUAGUGGCCCUGGGGAAAUCUUGGCACCCAGAAGAAUUUAACUGUGCUCACUGCAAAAAUACUAUGGCUUACACUGGAUUUGUAGAAGAAAAGGGAGCUCUGUAUUGUGAGCUAUGUUACGAGAAAUUCUUUGCUCCUGAAUGUGGUCGGUGCCAAAGGAAGAUCCUUGGAGAAGUCAUCAAUGCUUUGAAACAAACUUGGCAUGUUUCCUGUUUUGUGUGUGUAGCUUGUGGAAAACCCAUUCGUAAUAAUGUUUUUCACUUGGAGGAUGGUGAACCCUACUGCGAGACAGAUUAUUAUGCUCUCUUUGGUACCAUAUGCCGUGGAUGUGAAUUUCCCAUAGAAGCUGGAGACAUGUUUCUGGAAGCUCUGGGUUAUACCUGGCAUGACACUUGCUUUGUAUGCUCAGUGUGUUGUGAAAGUUUGGAAGGUCAGACCUUUUUCUCCAAAAAGGACAAGCCACUUUGCAAGAAACAUGCUCAUUCUGUGAAUUUUUAAAAGUCGACAGUUCAGGAGAAGAGAAGAAAUUUGAUGAGAAAGAGAAUUAAAAUUAUCAAUUAAUUUUUAGAUGUGCUAAUUAUAUGGAGUUUUGAAAAAUAAUAGUGGCCCUGAAGGGAUAGGUUCCAGCUUUAAAAACCAAGUCUAUGAGGAAAUAUUUGGCUUCAUAAAGUAAAAAGACAGUUUGGCAUUUAUUAUUACUUUUUUUCCCUGUAUUUUCUGCCUAUAAAAUAGCUUUUAUAAAAACCAAUUUCCUGGUUGACUAUUAAAUUCCUCUUAGAAUAAAUUAGUGAAGAAUUAAAUUUUAGAAUAAAAAUUUCAGCCUCUGUGCUGAAAUAAUUAUGCUUUCUUGUUUUACGUAAAUCUGUAAAAGGCAAUGAAAAUGCCUUAUACUUUUUCAAUAAGAGAAUCAUUGUAUUAAAAACUAAGUAAAUACAUGUUUAUCUUUAAAACACUAAAUAGGAGUUUAAACCGAAUUUUAUCAAUAGUAGGUGUUAAUUUUUUAAAAACUAUGUCUACUUUUUCUUUCCUUACAGUUGAUCAUUCCAGUAGGAGAGACUGAGACUUUUUUCCAAUGAAUUUUUUUAAUCAAAAUAUCAUAUUUAGAUGUUAUAUUUUUCUUCCAUCCCCCUAGAAGCUACCAUAUAGCUUAUCAAUCUCAUAGUUUUGUCUUUUAUUAGACUUUGAGUGUUUCUAUUCAUUGUGUAUGUUUCAUCACCUAAUUAUUCAAACUCCAUUUUUUCCUCUUAUGCUGAGAUAAAGUGCCAAUUAAAUAACUUUGUGCUCUGAAAUUUAGUUUUCUCUCUCUUUAAAGAGAAUAAGUAGAAAAGAAUGUGGUUGGGAAUUUAUGGUAAAUCAGAGGAUUGUACUAAAAAAUAAAAAUUUCCCCUUUUUUAGACAAUGAAUCAAUUAGAUCAGUUUCAAAGGUCUACUACUGACCAGCGAAGGUUUGAGAGCUCUCUUUGCAGAAUAAUUUUCUUUUCCUUUAAUUCUAAUUAGAAGAAUAACCAGAAGAUUGAUUUGGACAUGUGAUAAAAAUCUAGAUUUUUUUUUUUUUUUUUUUGUAGUUCUCAAUAAUAAGUGAACUACUUCAAUGUAAUCAUGAAGUUUGGAAAGCUUUUAUUCACAGAGGUUUGGUAGUGUAGAACGGAAAUGUGAUUAAUUACUCAGAUUGGCCCAUUAUUUGUUUUCCUAAUUUGGGGACAGAAUUAUGUAGGUACCACGUGGGGUUAGAGAAAUAACUGUGGUAAAAUAAUGGAUCCGGUUGAUAUUUGCCCAGUGAGGGAAAAAAAUUAUGUAUUUGAUAAUUUUUCUCUUUGUUUCUAAAGUGAAUGAAAAGCCAUGAUCCCACUAAAUCAUGAUAUAAAUCUGUUUGGGGUAGCAAGCUUUUAAAGUUGAGACAGAGCCCAAAGUCCUUCCUGCCCCGUCACUCACUGACAACUUCACUUCUAUUGUGCGCGUGUUUGUUAGUGAGGGAGGUUUUAGGUGACCAUAUUUGUUUAACCUCCCUAAGAACUUUCAAGGCAUCUGUCCUGAAAGCUGUUAAUUUGUGGUCUAGCGGAUUUAUAUCAUAUUCAGAUAAUAAUUAACUGGGGACAAAAGAAUAGGAAGAGGGACACAAAGUGGCAAACUGAGUGCUCCACCAAUAACAACCCAAAAGUGCCUCCUCACCCUGCAUCUUGUGGGGAGGCAGGAAGUUUCUUUCGAAAUAACAUACUGGAACUGAUUGUGCAUUAUUUCUUGUUGCUGCUGAAAUCACCUAUAGAAGACAUGCUGGCUGAUGUACAUUGUCACGUAUCUUAAUGUCAGACUUUUACUUGAUACAACACAGAAUAAGUUGGUGGUUUUUUGGUGUGGUAGAGAUUUUUUUGUUUAGUUUUGCCUUAAUAGAUUUUAUGCCAAGAUAGUAUUUAAUAAAUCAAUGGCAUGGGGCUAUUUUUCCCAAAGAAUUUGACCUAGAUUUCUUACAUUAAGGAUUUCAUUUUCAUUAGACCUUUCUUUCUGCAUAUUAUUCAUGGAGCAUAAUUUUGCAUUUCUCUAAAUUUUAUCCCUAAAACGUUAAUGAUGCUUCCUAAUGAUUUUGUCUUUGUGCUUUGCCUCCCUCUUCUCUGGCAAAGCUUUAUAUUUGUUCUUAAAGCAGUUAAUCUGUGAAAUAAAUAUUGAACAUAUCCCAGAAGAAUGUUUGUAUUUUCCAGUGGGGAAUGCCAUAUUUUAUACACCAGCGUUAAUCUUUUAAUAACUGGCAGAGCACUUUAUUCUUCUGGUGAGCUCCCUGAAUAUUUAUUGUUCGGAAUAUAAAUAUUCCAUGUCAGUAGUGUUUUUUAUUAUUACUUCUUCACUGUAGAGCAUUCACUGUUAGUCUGUCUAGAUGUAUAUUUUGGAAUGCUGUACUUGAUACAACACACAUUAAAAUCAUAGUACAUCACUCUAAAAUUUCCCCUACUUGAAUUUCCCAAUUUCAGAAUUUUAGUGAUAGGUUCAGAUUUAUAAAAAUUGCCUAGACUUACAUGGAUCGAAUGUUGCCCCCUGAAGUAGCAACCUAAAAUUCCCCACUGCUUAUGUUUAUGGUAGCAAAUGUGUUGUAUGAAUUCAGAUUACAUUUAAAAUCUAAGACUAAAACCUAAUCAUUUGGGAUAGUCACAGUAUUAAAACAAAUAGAGUUUAAAUUUUUUAAAUAUUAAUGCAGUGUUGUGUUAAAAUUACCUAUAGUAAAAAUGUAUUCAUGGUACCAUUUCAAAGGGUACUGUAUUAGAACCACCUUUAUAGGAAAGAAUUCUUCCUUUUCCCUGUUCAAGUGUAAAUUUGGCAUUGUAUUAACAUUUCUGAGACAUUUGCAGUUUAGUCAUCCCUACUGAAGGGAGAGACUUUUCAGACAUAAGGAAAAAUAUACUGAAUAAUUUUACACAAAUCUAAUCUGGCCUCAGUGUGUCCCACUCCCACUUAUCUCCCCAAAUGUUUAAAGGUAUUAGAUUUGGAUUCUCAAUGUAUCGUUUGCCUUAUCUGUUAAACUCUAAUUUCUUUAAAUUUUUGAAUUUGUAUAUAUCUCUGCUGUUUUGCUUUUGGAUACAUUUUCUAAUUAAAAAACCACAAGAGAAAUAUAAUCAGUAAAGUAAUACUUAAUGUGCACCUAAUAAAUAAAUGA